GCGGGAGCGGGCGGCCCUGUGACGUGGCGCCCCGGGGUUGCCAUGGUGCCGUGAGGGGCCGCCACAGCCGCGGCCAUGGCGCCGCCCGCGCCGCCCCCCUCUCGCGUUUUCGCCGAGCUCGACCUGGCCCCGUCUCCGGCCCCGGAGGGACGCGUCGAGCCUCCGGCGCUGCCCGGGCGGGAGGUGCAUGUGAGCGGCAGCGCGGAGCUGAGCGCCCGCCCGGACCGGGCGCGGGUGUCGCUGCGGCUCGGCAGCCGCAAAGAGGCGGCCGCGGCGGCGCGGAGCAGCGUGUCCCGCCGGCUGCAGUACAUCGCCCACAGCGCCCGCCUGCACGGCGUCCCGGAAGAAAAUAUGACUGUAACAGAAGAUUUUAGUAGAGUAGAAAAUACUUACCAAAUGGAAGCAGAGGUCUGUAUGAUAUUCAGUGAUUUUGGAAAAAUGCAGAAUGUUUGCAAUCUACUCAUUGAAAAGUUAGGAACCUCUGUUACCAUCAAUCCACCUCAUUUCUACCACACACCAGAAGCCAUAGACACACUUCGGUAUUUUUUUCUGUGGAUGCGAAUGGACAAGUGGCUUGAACGGGCUGUGAAUAGAAGUCCGGUGGUAGCUCUCUCAUGUGAAGUUUAUGCAAAAUAUGUCGUAACACAGCCCUGUAACCAAGCCUUAUGUCGUGCCUCUCAAAACGCUGUUGGUACUUCAGAGAGCACCUGGUGCGGCCCCUGGGCCCGGCUUUGGCACAGCUGGAUGCCGGCACAGCUGAAGCGGGAACAUCCCGAGUAGUUUCCGUAGCACACGUGUCAGCGCCCAACAGAAACUCCGGGGCUGCCCCUGCUGGGCUGCUGCAGGGGGGCAAACCCGGCCAUGAGCCUCAUCUGUGUCACAGAUUUCUGUGGUCUAAAUUCAACAGCAACCAGACUUGCUGAUGGCGCUCAGAGUGGGAGCAAACAGAGGAAGCAGACUCAAAUAGUGAAUGAUUCAGAGAGAUUGGAGCAGCAAGAACAGUAUAGACAAGAAGAGAAAUUCAUCAGCAGCAAACAUGGAGCUUUACCAAGAGAAAGGAAAUGCUCUAGCCAUCACUUCUCACUGAGCACAACUCUCCAAAAGGCAAGACUGAAAAAAAUCAAAAAUGUUAUCAAGGCAUACCUAGUGAACAUGUGGGAACUAAGGGGCCAGGCCUAGGAUGGAUUUAAACCUGUGCAACAUGGCAGGAAUGUCCAACUGAAAACUCACAUGAAUACUAGCCUAGACUAGAAAUACAAAUUCUACCUAAGAAAAACUGUUUUUUAAUCAUAGAAUCAUAGACCAUUUGAGUUGGAAGGGACCUUUUCAAGGACACCUAAUCCAACUCCCAUGCAAUAAGCAGAGACAUCUUCAGCUAGAUCAUUGUUCAGAGCAACCUAUCUGCCUCACGCAGCCCACCCCAAGGAGAGCAGACCCUUGGGGCCAUCGUGGCUGUGUUUGCAUCACACCAGCCCAGGCUGCAGUAAAUACUGGGACCUACUGACUCCCUUGAACAAAACCUCAGGUGCCAUGUAAGCACCUGAUCCUUCCACAGGGAGGCUGAAGGUUUUAAAGUCCUACUCAGGCAACAUAUUACUGCCCAAACAUUAAGACAUCUUAAUAUAAAGUAAAUAAAAUUGAAAGAUGAAGAUGCUUCUUUUACAAAACACGUUACUCCCCAUGUGCUUGAGUGGAGAUUUUCAGUGCAAGAGUCAGAAAGAAACCAGCCCUGUGUGCUCUGUCAUGACUCAGGUGGGCAAAGAGGCCAAAGCCAAAGGAAAAUUGCAACUUUAUACAUUAGCAUGCAAGAAAAAAUGAGCAAUCCUAACCACAACACAAUUUCAGAUGAUCUGCCCUUUCUUAAGACAAUGCUUGUGUGAGUUUUCUAGUAACUUUUUCUAAAUAACUUAACUACUGAUUUCCCUUGUAAACUUUAUUGAUCAGAAGAGUUUAACAUUAGCACACAUUUUACAGCCUCAAACACUUCACAAUAAAUGUUUUGAGUUCCAGAUAUUUACUAUUUCCCCAUGUACUUGUGCAUGCAGACUGAUUGGUGUCAGUGAGGACAACAGUACAGACUGUAGAUAUACCCAGCUCCUCAUGUUGAUAUUGUAGCUGGGUAAAAAUAGGCAGUGUAUUCAGAGGCAAUCACUAAUUAAGGACUUCCUAGUAGCUCUUUUUUUUUUUUUUUUUUUUUUUUUGACAGGUGUAGUCCAUAACCUAGCAGUUCAGGGAAGCUUACUUCAUCUUCCUUAAUAGUUAAGAGAAUUUAAGUUUUGAAUAAGGUGCUCAAAUUUCAAAAAAAUAGCCCCACUAGAUUUCUCUGCUACUGAAUACAAAUAUAGUAAUUCUUUCUAACAUUUUAAUCAUAUUCUAACCAGGUUUGCAUUUUAAGUUCUAUCUUUAUUAUGUUGAAUAUCCUUGUUCAAAGUCAGAUUCUGAGAUAUGAGACAAAACACAAAUUUACAGCUGAGGUUGCCUGGCUCUUGAAUGCUAACAUUGUUUUAAGUCAGUACCUCCAGGAAUAGGCCUCUGCAGAAAUUUGAUGCUGAAUGAGUUGGUUACUUGCCUCUUGCUUCCUCCUUCUUGGUUUUUUGUUUGGUUUCUUUUUUUUUUUUUUUUUUUUUUGUAUUUAUUUAUCUAGCUAAAGUAAAAUGGUAAAAUGAAAGGCCAACAGAUGAAGUUUGGGUAAAAUCUUCCCAUUUCAGAGACAAGAAAAGGAAGCAGAAAGGAAAUUUGUAUGGCUGUUACAAGACUAAGAACAUCAUUCCCAAAUUCUCUACCGUGUCCUCCCUUCAGCACUCACACAGAUUUCAAAGUAUAAGAGAAGAUUCAUAAAUUCUCACUACAGUCCUGUCAAACAGUAAAUUAAGCCUCUUGCAAGGAUUUCUUAGCACAUAUUUCUCUGUGCUAGAAAAACAACCAGACAUUUUGGGCUUUGAGUUUCCUGUUAACAAUAGUAAAAGCCACAAAAAUUAUAUUUUGCAUUAUAAUUUGUUGUACAGUAACUCAAAUUUUUGCUAUUUAAAUUCUAGACAUAUUGUCCAUUGCUUGCUGGCACUUGCUUUAUCUUCACAUUUGCUUCAACUAACAACAUUGAUUAAUCUUUAAAGCCAUUACUCUUUGCUCAUUUAUCUUUGGGGAAAGUGACAAAGAUUUUUUUGCAAAGCUCAUAUUGAUUGCUAGAGCGGUGAACACUGGCUUUGGCACAAAAACUUUUCACUUUAAAAGCAAACUGGUCAACUUCAAUGAUCAUACAAUUCCCUUUGUUUAAAUGAUCAUUAUGAUCAGUCCUGGUUAGAGAGGGGAUGGAGUUUAGCAGUGUGGAUGCGACCAAGUUGUUAGUGUGUAGCACACACCACAUCACCUCGGCCUGGACUCAGCAGGAAAAGCCAGGCACCCUUACUGGGAGAUGGCCACUUUGGCCUCUCCUACUCCUGCAGAAGGGUGGCAGCAAAGGACCUGGGGACUCCAUCCUGGGACACCUUCCUGGGGCAUGGUGCUGAGGCGAGGCUGUGGGGUGGCUCCCGUGUGUGGUGCUGCAGGGACAGUGAUCAGGGGCAGCGCAAAGCCGGCAUCCCAGUGGGACUAUCCUCCCCUGCCCUGGUGUACAGGAGUGUUGGAAGUGGCAGCAAAGGCACUUGCAUAGAGCUGAGCUCGGCAGAGUGGUGGCACCACCCCUACUCAGAUGACCCAGCUUCCACGGGGCUUGUCUGUCACUGUUUUCCAUUAUUUUGGGCUGGGAAAUGUUAGCCAUGGGAGCUCCCCCACCACACCACCUUUGUUUCCCCAGCUACCAUGUGAGCAGCAUGCAGGAAUGAUCAUCCUAUUGCCUUUGUCUGGAAAAACCACACGGACACGACCCAUGGAGAGUGUUCACCACUGCCUUUGUUCUUGUCCCUGGUGGUGAAUACCUUUCUGUGGGUGUCUUAUUCCAUCAUUUUGUGUUUCAGUAAGUUGUUAUCUCUACCCAUAGUCUCUCCUCUUCUGUCCCUCCUUUACUGGAAGGGGCAGGGGCUGGGGUGUGGCUUGUUUGGAGUUUAAAUUUCCAGCUGGGUGUUAAAAUCAGCACAUGUUCCAACAGCAUUGUCAGGUUCCAACAUUUCACAGCAUCUGUUAAUACUAAGCAAAGUCUUGACUUCUGCACAAAAUGAAAGAACCACAGUAGGAUUCCAAAAGAUACCUGUCAUAGAAAUGGGAACAGGGAUACAAUUGUAUUUUAAGGAUUCUCUACAGAGUUACACGGAAAAACAUUUUUUAGAUAUUUUCAAAACAAAGGAAAUAUUAUUAACUGCUUAAGACUAUUCUCAGUAACAAAACUAAAAUCCUGGACCUGGAGUGGCUUAUGCUUGGAUGAGCACACCACUAUUACUGUUGUGCUGCAAUACUGGAAAUGUACAUUCAACAGAACUAUCUCCAGGACAUAACAGCAGCACCAAAGUGUGUCAUGUUUUCAGUAUUCUUAAAUUAUUUUCUCCAAGCAGAAUGUGCCAAUGAGCAAAACUCACAUGCUUGGUACAGAGGUUUUUCCUCAAUUGCUAAAACAAGUCUUACUUUUGCCAGUCUUCAUGUGGAGUCUGGAAAACCACAGAGAACUCAAUUCAUUCUGCUGUGACCAUUCCACAUUCCCAUUGCCCAGAAGCAUACAUACCUGCAUCUGUGAGGUGAGUAAGGGCCUCUCCCAUCACUUCCUUGUGUUUUCAGGUAAGGAAUUAAGGAAAAAAUCAUCUGAUAAAGCAAAUAACGUGAAAUUAAACAGAAUCCACAUUUCUUUUUUCUUGCAUCUAUUGAACAGAAAAAUGUAGAUAUAAACAAACCAACCUUGCAGUUUUGUGAAAACACAUCCUAUGUCUGCUUUUCCUUGCAUCACCCACUCAGGGUAGCUAGGCUGCAGACCAGGAGGGAGGCAGGGGAUUCUCUCUGCUUAAGUGUUUCUAGCAUCUUCUAGAGCUGUUGGGAAGCAGACAUUUCCAUGGAUUGGACGUAGCUCUGGUACAAACAGUUGUCACCUGAACAGGGAAGGCUUCCUGGAGGGUUAGAGGCAGGGCCUGGGUGCACACGUGAAAGUGAGCUAAGAGGACUCAAUGAGGUAUCUUCAGUGCCAGACUCUACUGCCUUUAUAUUGCCUCUUGAACUGCAGGGCUUAGUGAAAACCCCUACCAAAUAGCAAAUUCUGAUCUCUAUCAGAGAGUGCUCAAGUUCCAAUUUUGUUGUUCCCACUUACCCGCUAUACCAUACUACAAGAUACAGCUACUCCAUAUUCCACAAGGAAUCAAGAGGAGCUGAAUUUAGGGAGUUCUAAAAAACAUACCACCAAUCAUCCCAUUGCAGUCAAUUACCAGAUAGAAGCAAACACUGUUGGACAGCUUAGAAAAACAUGUUUUCUAUUUAUUUAAAAAUAAGUUUGUAGUUACUACAUUGCAGUGACAGUAAUUCUUACACAUACAUUCUAGUUUGUAUAAAAGGAUUCAAAGUAUUAUGCAUCAAAACUAACAUAGAAAGUGUCCACAUAACAGUAAAGAAAUUUCCAAUCCAUAUGUACAAAAAGAAAGGGCACUGUUAUCCUGGUGAGAUACUUCAGGUUAUAUAUAACAUGAUAAUCUAGAUUUCUGGAAGGAAAAAAGCCUUGAUAAAGCUAAAGAAUUAUAGUUUUCAAAACUGUUACUCAUUACAUACAACAGAUUUGUGUUUUACAUAAUUCUGUACAAAAUAAGUGUAAUUUUUAAUCUGAAAAUCUGUCAGUUUUAAAAUUAACCUUUCUAGGUAAUUUACUUGAAGUUGAGCUCCAUUCUAUACAUAUUGAAACAUUAUGACAGAAUUUAUUCACGCAUGAUCAUUAUCCAGUUGUCCACCACACUUCUGCAAUUUUAGUAUGGUCCAAAAAUGUAACUUCUGUAUGGUCUCAAUGCAUUAGCAAACCAACCUGCACAGUUGUAAGCACAAAAUAGUACAUGUACAUCACACAGUACAUGACAGGUACUUCUACUUCUUUCGACUCCUAAUUUGUGUGACCUCAUUCUUUGUUCUUUCAGUGUAGAAAUUCAUAGUAUAGUACUACUUUCCCUCCCUAAAAUGUAUUGUUUGCAUUAUUUGAAGUGAAUUUCCUGAUGUAUUUAUCUGCAUUAAAAAGGACCCAAAUGA